AUGCCCGACAAGGCGUCUGGUCUUUUGGGACACAACAAGAACAAGUCUGAGCACAGAGCGUGCAUCUUCUGCGAUCAGGUGCUCGACCUGUCGCUGGCGUUGUGUAACGCUUUGGAGUACCUCCACGAUGUGGCGGUGCCUGGACGCAUCGUGUGUCACCGAGACCUCAAGCCGGACAACAUCGGUUUCGCGUAGGAUGGCACGUUGAAGCUCAUUGACUUCGGACUGGGAAAGGCAACUCACGGGUCCGUACUUCCACCAGGAUUGGGCGAUAGGAAAAAACUGGAAGAGGGGGGGGGCGGGGGGGCGGGGGGGGUGUACUCAUUGUCGUGCAUGCCGUAGUCGUUAGACCAUUGACCUCGCAUCCCUACAAAGCCGGGACGGAGCACGCCGGGUUCUCAC